GACUUAAGAUGGCGCGCGGCGUGGAGGAGGCGGCGCCACAGCGGCGGGAGCGCGGCCGCCGCUGCUGCUGUGACUGCCGCUGCGACUGCCGCUGCUGAAGCUCCGGUUGCUGUGGCUCUCGUUGCCGUUGACGUAGUUGGUAGUCGCCGCGUCGCUAUCGGGGCUCUCUCAGUGUCAGCGGUUGUUGAACAUCGGUGGCGACGUCACGAGUACGUGGGGCGCAGGGAGCUCAGAGAGGCCGCGCGGCGUCACCGCCAGCAGCAGCAGGAGGACGACGAGGAGGAGGAACUCGCGGCGGCAUGGAGGAGGAGAGCGGGGGCGGCGAGCGCGGCCCGCAGGGACACAGCGCAGCCAUCACCACCACCGUCACCACCACUGUGACCUCCACCAGCACCGCCACCACCAUCAUCGCCGCGGCCUCGCGUGGCCGCGCCUGCAGCCCCAGGGAACCCAGCGCGGCCGCGGUGGCCUCGUCGGGCUGGAACCGAGUGCGGCGGCGCUUCCCGCGUAGCGCCACGGCGAGCGGGGCCGCCCUGCAGCAGCAGCAGAGUCACCACCACCAGCAGCAGCAGCCCCAGCAUGCGGCACCGCACUGCAGGCCGCGGGCGGCGCGCCUGGAGGCCCGGGAGCGCGAGUGGCUACGCGGGGACCGGGCCCGCGGCUGCGUGCGGCUCCACGGGCCCGACGGCGCGAGCUGCGGCCGCGCGUUGCUCUGCACCGAGGCCACGGAGGCGCGGGAGCUGCUCCGCAUGCAUGAGCAGCAGCAGAUGCAGGCCAAGCACAAGCUGAACCAGCGCCCGCAGGUGAAGCCGCCGCAGCAGCAGCAGCAGCAGCAUGUGCAACAACAUAUGAAGCAGCAGCAGUUGAAGCAGCAGCAGAAUCAGGUGCAGCAGAUGCUGAAGCGACAGACUCAGAGACGCCAGCAGCAGCAGCAGCAGCACCAACAACACGAGUCCGUGAGCCCCGUGCACGGGAGGCGCUCGGACGAGGACAACGACGAAGGCGAAGAGCAAGAAGAGGGAGAGGAGGAGGAGGACGAAGAGGAAGUGGAGGACGAGGAGGGCCAGGAGGAGGCCGCGGCGACGCGGCGGCAGAAGCCGGCGCUCUACAUGCGGCUCGUGGGCCACGAGGUGGUCCGCAGGCUGGGGCCCGCCGAGCGGCCCCUGCGCCUGCAGAGAGACUUCCUGGAGGCGCUGGGCUACGCGGAGCCGUGGCGCGUCCAGGAGGAGGGCGCCGCGGCGGAGCUCGCAAGCCUCUUCAGGCUACACCUGGGCAAGCCGGAGGUGCUGGAGCACGAGGCGCGCGUGGCACUGUCCGGCAUGUUCAGCGUGAGGAAGGGACGUACGCAGCUGCACAAGUGGUCGGAGCGGCGGGUGGUGCUGUGCGGGACCUGCCUACUCGUCUCCUCGCUGCGCGAGAGCCUGCAGGGAAAGCUGCACGUUAUUCCGCUCAUCGGCGGCAAGGUUGAGGAAGUGCGCAAGCGCCAGCACUGCCUAGCCUUCAGCUCUGCAGGACCCCAGACCCAGACCUACUACGUCUCCUUCAACUCGUUUGCGGAGUACCUGCGCUGGCUGCGCCAGGCCUCCAAGAUUGUGUCCCAGAGGAUCGGUUCGGUGGACCUGUCAUGCUGCAACCUGGAGGAGCUUCCUGAGCCGCUGUUCCACAGCCAGGAUGUAACGCACCUCAACCUGCGCCACAAUCUCCUGGGGCCCGGCAUCGGCGACACGCUCAGGUUUUCUCAGCUGCGGAGCCUCAACUUGUCUCACAACAGCCUGGGAGUGUUCCCAGAGAUGCUGUGCCACAUCCCCACGCUCACCGAGCUCAACCUCUCCUGCAAUGGUUUGCCAAACCUCCCCGCAGCCAUUGGCAACAUGAACAGUCUGCAGAGCUUGGUGCUGGAUUGCAAUGCGCUCUCAACUCUCCCUGAAGAGCUGAGGAAUCUCCAGAGCCUCGUCUACCUGGGCCUUUCCUUCAACUUCUUUGAGAGAAUGCCACCCAUCUGCCAGGGUUUGCUGGCCCUCGAGAGGGUCUGCUUGGCAGGCAACCGCAUGGACAUCUUCGAGAUGGGGUCCUUGUCUGACCUCAGACAUGUAAAGCUCGUUGAUCUCAGGCUGAACACCCUGAGGCGGCUGGUGGCGGGGGACCCCGCAGUGCUGGGUCACGUGACCCACCUGGAUGUGCGCGACUGCGAGCUGAGGGGCGAGCUGGACGCGACGUCGCUCGCCUGCCUGGAGACGCUGCGUUGUGACCGCAACGAACUGACGGCGCUGCGGGCCGCGGGCCACGCGCUCAAGACGCUCGGCGCCGCGCACAACCUGCUCUCCACAGUCAGCAUACACCCUGCGCCUGUACAGCUCACGUACGCUGACAUAUCGAGGAAUAAGUUGGAGAGCGUUCCCGAAUGGAUUCCUGAUGCAACCAGCCUGGAAAUUCUCAAUAUCAGCCACAAUGAAAUCAGCGAAUUACCGAUCAGGCUGAUGUGUGCCGAGGGCUUGAAGAGACUCCUUGCUGGCCACAACCAACUGCGUCGGCUGCCUGAGCGGCUGGAGAGAGUGCACACGGAGACACUGGACGUGCAGCACAACCUGCUCACGGAGCUGCCCACGGCGCUCUUCCUCAAGGCGCCCAGCCUACGCUCUCUGAACGCGUCGGCCAACCGCCUGGAGUCGCUGCCGCCGUCAGUGCUAGGCGAGGGGGAGAGCGUGAGCACGCUGCAGGAGCUCUACCUUGCCAACAACCAGCUGGUGGACAAGUGUGUCCCUCAUCUGACCGGGCACCAGCACUUGCGUGUCCUACACCUGACCUACAACCUGCUCACCACAUUCCCUGCAAGUAAACUGGCCAAGCUGACGGAGCUGGAGGAGCUGAACCUGAGCGGGAACCGCCUGCGCACAGUGCCCACCACCAUCCUGGGCUGCAAGAGGCUGCACACGCUCUGUGCUCACUCCAACGCUAUCAAUGUCUUCCCGGAGGUCUUUCAGCUGCCCGAAAUAAAGCUCGUGGAUCUCAGCUGCAACGAGCUGACAGAGGUGCCGCUGCCCGAGAGCCUGCCCCCCAAGCUGCAGGAGCUCGACCUCAUGGGCAACCCUCGGCUGGCGCUCGACCUCGCCGCGCUCGACAUGCUCAGCCACAUCACCUGCCUGAAGAUUGAUCCCCGUCCGACCUUGCCGCCCGGAGAUGCGGCAGAGUCACCAAUUUGGAGCCACGGCUGCGCCGAGACUUUAGGGCAAAGGAAAAAGCUGUGCGUGUCGUCACUGGCGUCGGGCGCUUUCGGCGAGGACGCUCGAGAGGCCCUCUACGGGGUCUUCGACGGCGAGCGCAACGUGGAGGUGCCACGGCUGCUGCAGUGCACCAUGGGGGACGUGCUGAGCGAGGAGAUGCAGCGAGCUCCCGCCUCGUCCAGCGAGGACCACAUGCUCUACACCUUCCUGGGGACUCACAAGAAGCUUGGCACGGCGGGGCAGAAGCUGGGCGCCUCGGCGGUGCUGUGCCACCUCCGCAGGGAUCUCCCUGAAGCCGGCAAUGGAGGCGGCGGGCGUCUCACGCUAACGGCCGGCAACGUUGGGAGCUGCCGCGUGCUGCUGUGCCGCGCCGGCUGCACCGUGUCCCUGACUCCCGACUUCACACUCACCGAGUGCCGGGAGGAGCGCGAAAGGCUACGUGGCAUCAACGCCAUCAUUACGGAGGACAACAAGGUGGGUGGGGUGACGAACGUGACGCGGCUGCUGGGCUGCUCCUUCCUCUACCCGUCGGUGCUGCCCCGGCCCCACACGCGUGCCCUGCGCCUCACGCCUGACGACGAGCUCCUGCUCCUGUGCAGCCGCUCCCUCGCCGCCUUUCUCCCGCCCACCGAGGCUGUGGAGGCGAUCCGGGACGUCGCCGACCCGCUGGCCGCCGCCAAGAAGCUCACUACGCUCGCCCAGGGCUAUGGCUGCCACGACAACCUGGGAGUGGUGGUGGUGAGGCUCAGCGUCGCCUUGGAGGAUGCAGGCUGCUGCACCUGUGAUGCUGUCUCUGCUGAAACGGCCGUGAACAAUGGCAGCGGAGGGAGCAGCAGUGGAGCGUUCUCGGAACUGAGCAGCGAGGUGAGCAGCGAAGUCGCGGGGUCAGAGGUCAGCAGCGAGGUUGGCUCCACCGCUUCUGACGAGCAGCCGCCGUCUCUGGGCCUUGUGGAGGUGGGAGGCUCGGUGCCAUCUCUGCAGCUCUCCGAGCGUCGAUGCAGCCUCCACCCGAGCGCCUCUGCGCGCACCUUCCAGCGGCAGAUGUCGGCCGCCACCUUCUCAAGCGCGUACUCCGAUCCGGGCCUGGACAGCAGCGACGACGAGGACGCGGGGUGCGGCAGCGGCGGCGGCAGUGGAGUCGGCGCCACCAACGGUCACGGCGCCAACGGCGGCGGGGGUAGCGACGCCAACCCUCUGUACUGUCUGCAGAUGGGCGGCGGGGGACAGCGGCUGGAGGUGGAGGCCGACGUGCACCCGCUGUGCGCCUUAGCCGGGCCCUCGUCGCGAUCGCUCAAGACCCUGUCGGUGACGUCCUCCGAGACGAGCGACGAGGGGAUCGUCAUCUCGCUCCGCGCUGACGCCUCCGUGGCGUGCUCCGAGAAGCCGCCCGGCGCCCACGAGCCCAGGUCGAGCAGUGCGGCGGCAACGGCCUCCGAGAAGCGCGACGGCGAGGCGGGCGAAUCGGAGGGGUGCGAUCGGUCACGCGAGAGCAAGCUGGCGCCCUCCUGGUGCGACAGAGGUAGCGGCGGCAGGAAGGUCACGAACGGGAGCAAUGCGCGCUGGCUGGCGGUCGCCGAAGGUCACAGCGAGGCAAACGGCGGCAGCGGCGGCAGCAGGAGCGGCGACGCCACCCUGGGAAUGGGGCGGUGCAGCAAGAAGAUCUUGAGGAGGAUCCAGAGUCACUCCGACCUUCUCAGCGGCCGCGACGUCCCCCUCGUGGCCGGGUUGGGCCGCGGUGGCCUGGCUGCGUCCUCCUCCGCGGCCGCGCGCUCAGGAUGCGUCUCGGCACCGCACUGCAAUGGCGGCGCGAGCACCCUGGGGCGCGGGCGCCGCAACGGCUCCGUGGUGACGCCCGAUUGCGGCCAGGGCCUCAUGGAGGUGAUCGUGGCGAGCGACGCGGCCCCCGCACGCCCCAAGCGCUCCGCCUACUUCGUGUCGGAGCCGGCACCAGGGCCGGACCCGGACGAUGAACUCAUCGUCCCGCCGGAGCUGGAGGAGGAAGUAAGGGAACAGAUCCGGCAAUACCAGCAGCAGCAGAAGCUGCAAGAUCAGCAGAAAGUUACCGAGCAACAGAAAGUUGAGCAGCAGCAGCAGAUGAAGCAGCCGCUGAAGCUACAGCAAGAGAGGCGAGAGGCGUUAAUUCAACAAGAUGUUUAUGACACUGCACUCUAACAAAACUGUUCCCUAAGUUUUAUUUUAAAAGUCAAAGAGUACCUGGAGCUUGUACAUUGUAGAUGCACCAACGCUGGAAUCAGUACUGGUUUGUUGAAUGUUUAUGAUGACCUAUGAUUGGGUCCAGUUGGAGCUCAUGAAGAUGGAACCCUGUUAGGUAUUUAAGGAACAUCUGAUGAAAGCAGUAGCAGAUAUAUGGAGCAAUAGUUGCAAUAACAAAAGUAAGUCGGAUCUCUACAUAGAAUGUGGAAAAAUUGCACUGAAAGUAAAAUCUCACCAACUUUAUUUAACAUUUACAGGACUUGCAUGUGAAAGGUUCCGGUCAUAAUCGACGACAUACCUUAGUGCCGACUCGCCUGCUUGGCUCCCGUCUGUGAUAAAAGCAUCGAAUUACUGUAUAAGAGAUGUGAACACGUGACGCCCACGUGACCGGAGACUGUUGGACUUUAUGCGCAGCUCAGUUCCAAUGGCCUGUAACCCCCCCCCCCCCGUCUCCUCUUCUCCCGUCCCGUGCUUAAGUCGCAAGUGUUCACAGCAGCCAUUCAAGUAGAAUUAAGCAAUGUUGAAUGCUCGAGAGUUUUAACAUUUAUUUACUCCGCUCCAUUGGCAGCUUGUGGCAUCCGAGACAUUGCACUUUACAUUCAUCCACGGCCAACUCAACCAAAGGGCUACGGAAAGGGGAGGGAGACCUUUGUACUGCGUCCUUUCCACGUCAUUACUGUACAGUAUAAGUUGGGAAAACAGCACAGUCCAAAUUACAUCACCACGUGACUGAAAUGAAGGGACAAUGACAGACUGUUUACUCAUAAGGCUUUAAAUAUCGCUGUUCCUCCUGCAUUUAAUAUGGCUACACCCAGUGUGUGUGUGCGUGAGGAGGUAUGACUGCUGCUUUGACUCUGUUGGAUUCUCUUUUGCCAGCGUGGCAAUGCUCUUCGGUGAAGCUGCAGGUGUAGAUGCUGCUGCCGCUGCUGCUGGUUGAAAAAUACCCCAAACUAUGCAUUUAGCAUCACUUGAGCAUCCAGUCAGAGGAGAUCCCUCGCCCGUCUCUCCUGAUGCUCAAGGUCACCACUGCCUUGAGUGCUCAGAUAUUUGUCGUUUCAAUUUGGAGUUUGGUUGAUUAUCCGUGACACAUGCACCAAUGGUAUCGAUGUGUAUUUUUUUAAUACUAUACUUUUUCAAGACGCCGUAGAUUAUUUUCGACACAAUUGACAGGUAGUUUGUGAGUAAAGCCUUGUAGAGAAGUCAUGAUUAUAGCUGAUAACUAACAGUACUGUGUAUUUUCAUACUGCCCCUUGUCUUUGGAAGUGUGUUUUUUUAACGCUUUUAUUCUCGCGUGUUGGCAGAUGUGUGUGGCCCCCCUCUGAGCUGCUGCUGCUGACACUCGUGGGCUCACACCGUCAUCUGGCCCAGUGACAUAUCUUUAUACGUUAGCACAAACUGAUAGUUUUGUUCAUCCUACACACACUGUUGUGUCGUUUUUUGCAGGUCAUGUUGGGGCAGCGGGGGUGGCGCAGUAGGUAACGCUUGCACCUCAUGGCAAGAAGGUCCUGGGUUUGAUUCCCGACUGGCGCCUUUCUGUGUGGAGAUUGUAUGUUCUUCCCCUGUUCAGCAUGGGUUUCCUCCGGGUUCUCCAGUUUCCUCCCAUAAGCUAAAAUCAAUCGAUGUAACCGGUGUUAACCAAAACAUCCCAAUGUUGAAAGAAUAGCCUGCAAAUUACUCAUUUGGGAUUACACACAGCAGCAUUGCCCUCUGCUGUAAAAAUUUGACAGCACCCUUCUGAAUGAGACUCUUGAGGCUCGGUGAGGAUUUGCUGGAUAAAUAAUGGUGACCUUACGAGGCUUUAGAAUAAUCAUAAUCCCAUUGGGGAAGAAGUAGAAAUAAUUAUUACCAGCCCUGUAACCUUAGCCCAAGAUUAAGGUGUUUGGUCCCAGUAUUUGGCUGUAUACUUUGGCAUGGUUUUGCCAAAACUACAAUGAUUAUAAGCAUUUGCCAUCAUGUGAAUCUGGCUGCACACGUUAUAUGUUCAAUUAACUUUUUUUUAACCAACUUGGACGCUGGCUUGGACUGCUCUUAUAUUAUGUUCUACUUGGUUGCAACUGAUGUCUUGCUUAUGCCAAAUCAGCCUUCUGUGCAGCACUAAAGCAUGCAGGCCAUAUUACAGAAAGAGCAUUUUUAUGGAUACCUCCAACUAACUUACUAACGUAUAAAAUAGUUUCAGCAAAAAGCUGUGCAUAUAAUCAAUGUUGUAGCCUACGGAAAGUCAGUGAGUAAAAUAACACGUAGGUGUCUUCUCAUUCGAUUUGGAUGAUGUGAUAUUUUAGUAAGUGAUUAAUCCAAGUACUUUUGAAUUCAUCACAGACACUUAUGAUCUUUCAUCCCUCAGCUGUGACAUCUUGUCAACUCGGAUUAGAUGUAUGCUGAUUAUCUGCAGGAAUUCCUUUCUGGUAUAAGCCGGGUUCUUCAACCAUAUCUCAGUUGUGCUGGUCGGCUACAUGCCAUCAUAUAACAUCUGCAUGUGUGACCACGACUGUUUUGUAUCCAGGUCUCACAUUUAUCUAAUUUAUCUAAAUUUCAUCCUCACUAAUCAUUAUCUCUUCUCUAAAACUCUCAUCACCGUCUCUUAUUUCUCUCAUCUUUCACAUGAACUCGUAUCUGUGGCUGCUGAGCCAUGGAUCAGCAGCCACUCCACAAGGGCCUUUGCGAGCCACUUGACACGCAGGCCGCGAGUUGAGCGCCGCUGUGUAAAGGAUAGAAGAGUUACACCGUAUUGAAAAAUAACAGAUACAGUAUUCUCUCGUUAUUCGCGAGGGGUACAUUCCGGGGAUGCUCGUGAAUAGCACAUUUCGCGGAUAACGAUAUUGGCCUACGAAAACCUACAUUUUAAAUGAAUGACCUUAAAUACAUAAAUAAGCAUAUUAAGCACAUGAACAUUCUCAUCACUUUCUCGCAUCACAUUCUCUCAUCACUUUAUCUCUCUUGAUGCAGUCGUGCAGAGUUCCAGAUGUGAUUCGCGGAUAGCCAAAACGGCGGAUAGCAAGUUCGUGAAUAACGAGGUGGUGAAUACCGUGCCCACAUUCGUGCGGUGGGCUGCCAAUACUGCAGGGCAUGGUCCAACGAAGUUGAGAACUUCUUACGAAAUAAUAACUGCUUUGAUGUUGUAUGGAAUUGAACGUGAAAGCUCUCAGUGUAGCCGAAAGCAACCAUCUAUUGUGUUAACCCAUCUGGCAAACAGAGCCUGCAAAUCAAACACAAAGGGAUUAUGAAAAAAACACGUCCAGAAUGAAAAACGCAGCAGCAGAAAAAUUGGUCUUCUCCCACAAAAGCUGACGAGUGUCAACUGAUGUUCCUCGGUGUUAAUCAUCAACAUCAUGAAUACUGUAAUGAGCUGCACACAUUUGAAUGAUUGCUAUAUAUUUGUGUGUGUAUACUGCAUUGUAGAGUUUAAGACGAAACCCAGAUCUAGUUUUUGGAGACGCUACUUUUAUGAUUCUGCAUUAAAAGAUAAUGCAGCUAUAUCACUGAAUUGAAACUAGUGGAAGUCGCUGGUUGUUCACCCUCGGACAUCCUGCAUGCAAGGUGUCCCCUAGAUGCACACAUGGGGAGAGGCUGAAGCGUCGUGCCCUCAACAGCGAGACGUUAGCUAACAGGGGUGUUUGUGCCGAGAAGCACGACUCGCGCUUUUAUUAGGCACUGCUGCGGCGCUUUGAUUGCCUUCAACAGAGCCGGAUAGCGGCUGCGCCUCAUCACCCAGCUCGCGAGUCGUCCCCAGGGGACCGGCACCAGCAGGGCGCGGGCUUCUAUCGAUUGGCUGUCAAGAGUGACUGCUUUUGAUAUAUACAGCACAUGGUUGUGUGGUUGGGGUUUUUGUCCUGCUUGUGGGGGCGCCGUAAAUUGGGAGCGUGGGGCCGUGCACGGCACGGAACCUCGCCGGGAGUGAUGUACGGGUGCUCCUCCUUUCUGCGUUAAUGAAUGCGCUCGUUGGUGGUCGUUUGAACACGUCCGCGGUGUAUCGGAGCUUCCGCCUUUUUCUGCUUUCGGACUACCUUUACAUUCCCGGUGAUGUCUAUGGAUUAACACUGAACACCCGCGGCUCGGAGAGCCCAAAGGUUCCCAUCGCUUCUGAAUGACCUUACCUCGCGCAAUUGAAAUUGACUAAAAAUGUGCCCCCCCCCCCGAAUUGUCACUCGUGCUGUCUCCUACUUAAGUCACACUUGAAAUAACUUUUUUCUGGUCUCCGAUAACAUUCAUGGUCAACCAUAGUGUUUAUUAUGUCGUCAAGUCGUGUACGUUUCUCUUAACAGUUCCAUGCCACGGGGAGUACAUGGGUUGCGACGGUCUCGCACUGGUCAUCCCGCCUGCCAGGCUUAUAGACGGUUGCAGUCGUUUUGUGCCACUAAUCGACUUUGAACUCUGAAGCCAGCACUGCAAUACAUAAUGGCCUUUAUUAAUCGAGAAUGUUGAAGCUGAAGGAACGUGAUCGAUGCGUUGUGCUCUGGAUUGGUCGUUGUCCUGCAAGCCACAAUUGUAGAGAAGCGCAUGAGCUUUGCUUACAUUUUUGGUUACAUUGAAAAUAUAAUAGUUUUCUCCCCCAAUGUUCUGUUCCGCUCCUGGAUAUGAUUCCCCAGAGUGAUAUAUUUCUGCUAUAGACAUCGGUUCUUUUGAUGGGUGGGGGGGGGAACAAAUAAAAACCCUGACAAUUAUUUUAUAACUCUUAGGAGUUGAUAAAUAAUGUUAUUCUCUGAGAGAAGCGAUUGUGAUAUGGGCGCAUGUGUUAUGUGUCGAGUGUGACCAGUGGUGACUGUCUGGACUUGUGGUGACUGUCUGGACUCGUGGUGACUGUCUGGACUCGUGGUGGCUGUCUGGUCAUGGCAAUGAAGAGCUGUUAACUCAAACCCAACUGAGCUGGACACAACCACGACUUUGACCCUUUGCACCCUUUGUGGUCUGCUAAUGCAUGCAGGUGUGUACAUACGCAAACCACGACAUUUUUCAUUGGCAGAGUUCGUACUCGAUGUACAUACGCAUGUGAAAGGGUAUAGCAUCAGGACUGCAUUGCAGAUGUUGCCGGUGGUCAUUACAAAGGCUGCAAUUGGACGUGUUUGUGUUCCGCUGACUUGGAGGCGACUUGACAGGCGUGAGUGACACAUGAGGUACGAGGGAACUGGCACUAUGCGCGGCUGCGCAGGGGGAAUGUUUGGAGUUUGGGGUAGAGCAUGGGACGCCAUGUUUCACUGAUGUAUACAACUGAUCACUCGCCAUGUGUAAAUACAUCUUUAUUUUCGUAAUUGUGUUUAACAUCCAUUAUUUCCUAUCGGUAUGAUUUAUGAUCUGGGAUAUUGAUUUUGUUAUGUACAUGACAGAGUAUAUAUAGUGAGAGAGAUCUGCACAGCUAUUGUUUAGUACUGUGUUACGAAUUUGUUCCUUGCAUUUGCAGAAACUCAACGUUAUUUUAAAAAAGAAAAUCAGCUUAACAUAGUUUCCAACAUAACGAAAGGGAAAAGAACUGCACAGUACAGCCGUGGGUGUUUAACAUUCCAUUUUUUGUGCAACAUUGAAUCAGGUUUAUGUACCUGUAUAGGGCAUAUUUAUCAGCCUAACACAUUUUGUUGUAUCUUUAGUGCAUAUCAUCAAAUAAAAAAAAUCAUCUAAUGAAAUGCAA